GUCCUUCGCUCAGUGGUGUCGGUGAUAGGCGCGUGAACAGACCGGCGCGUGGUAGGCGGGGGAAAGGCUUUCGUGUUGCGACCCACUUUAAAAACCUUUGCCACGGAAAGGAAUUAGACAGCCUUCGCGAAAGGAACACCCUCAGACCACAUUUUCAUCCAGGGCGACGUCGUCGGUUUCGCGCGGAGAAGCUCGAGACACGGUCAGCAGGAGCGUGGGAAGAGGAGUAACGGCGCGAGGAUACUGCUCGGUUCUCCGCUCCUCUCUUGUCAGGGCUUUCACGAGGUAGAAAUUCCCUCUAAUAGGAAUUCCUGGGGAAUUUCUGUUGAAGUCCUUCUAUAGCUUCUGGAAUAAUCACUGUGGCGGCAAUGGAGGAUCCAAAGCCAGAUGAAAUGAAUGCCAUUCCCAACGGGAAAGGCCAUGAAGCGGGAGAUGAGACGCCCACUGCCUCCACACCCAGCAAGACCCAGUCAGACGACACAGCCCAGGGGCUUGUGCCUAACAGUACAGACAACACCAGUCCCAGCAGAGCAACAGCAGACACGGAGGCCAACAUGGCUGAGAGCGCUGAGUUCCUCUCCAAUGUGCAGGACAAGAAAGCACCUCGCUUCACAGACUUUGAGGGGAAGACCUCAUUUGGGAUGUCCGUCUUCAACCUGGGAAAUGCCAUUAUGGGGAGUGGAAUUCUGGGACUGGCAUAUGCCAUGGCUAACACGGGCAUCGUCCUGUUUUUAUUCCUCCUCACUGCCGUGGCAAGUCUAUCUGCCUACUCCAUACACCUACUGCUCAAGUCCUCUGGUGUCGUUGGUAUCAGGGCAUAUGAACAGCUGGGUUACAGAGCCUUUGGUACACCUGGGAAAAUGGCUGCUGGCAUUGCAAUCACAUUACAGAAUAUUGGAGCCAUGUCCAGCUAUUUGUACAUAGUGAAAUACGAAUUCCCUCUGGUGAUACAGGCCUUUCUCAGAGUUCACAAACCAUCUGGGGAGUGGUAUCUGGAUGGCAAUUACCUGGUGUUGAUCGUCUCUGCUUGCAUUAUUCUUCCUCUUGCCCUGAUGAAGCAGCUUGGCUACCUGGGUUAUACCAGCGGGUUCUCUCUGAGUUGCAUGGUCUUCUUCCUUAUUGCGGUGAUUUAUAAGAAGUUUCAGGUGAUAUGUCCAUUUGUGGACUUCACCUUCAACCGAACCCUGGGUUUGAACAUCACCCCGCUAGCAGACCACGGCGGCAUGGCGUCGCUGCCCCAGGACGAUACCUCCUGCACCCCCAACAUGUUUAACAUCAAAAUCCAGACAGCCUACACUAUUCCCAUCCUGGCAUUUGCGUUCGUGUGCCACCCGGAGGUGCUACCAAUAUACACAGAGCUUCGCAACCCCACCAAGAAAAAGAUGCAACAUGUUUCAAACAUCUCCAUUGCUGUAAUGUACAUCAUGUACUUCUUGGCUGCCCUGUUCGGAUAUCUGACCUUCUACGAUAAUGUUGAAGCUGAGCUGUUGCACACCUACAACAAGAUUGACCCAUAUGACACUCUGAUGCUGUGCGUACGUGUGGCUGUACUGACCGCGGUCACACUCACAGUACCUAUCGUGCUGUUCCCUGUGCGGAGAGCAAUCCAGCAGCUCUUCUUCCCCAAUAAGACGUUCUGGUGGCCGAGACAUAUCGCCAUCGCCAUCCUCCUCCUCACCGCCAUCAACUUGCUUGUUAUCUUCGCCCCCAACAUCCUUGGCAUCUUCGGGGUCAUUGGUGCUACAUCAGCUCCGUGUCUCAUCUUCAUCUUCCCAGCCGUGUUCUACAUCCGCAUUGUUCCCAAAGAGGAGGAGCCUAUGCUCUCAGUGCCCAAAAUCCUGGCCGCCUGUUUCGCUGGUUUGGGUGUCCUGUUUAUGAUAAUGAGCCUGAGCUUCAUCAUAAUUGAUUGGACGUCGGGAAGCAGCAAAGGGAACAGCGGGCAUUAGAUGCUCGCUCGUAUUUUUGCCUUUUUUUCUUUUUUUAAAGAGUCGUUGUUGAUGUUGUGUGUGUGUGUUCUUAUGUCCUGUAUAGUGCUGGGUCAGGAGCUCUAGAGUAUGCACAGUCUAUCAGUGGAAUGUCAGCACCAAGGGGAAUUACAGCAAGUGACACUAGAUUCCUGCUUUUAGCUCAGUGGUCAGCUGAUCACAAGCUGUCAUCUGGUUGGGGGCAGUCAUCACAGGUGGACCUCUGCUCCAGGUCAUCCUAAAACUGGUCUGCAACCCUUCCCUUGCAAAAGCCAGCCAAUCCCAGCAAAGUACUACAGAUGGAAACCUAUAACCCAGCUUGCAGGGUCACCUAUUACUGCCCGGAUGUAAAGUGAUGGGCACCACCACUAUGGGGUACCAUCACCUGUGAUGAGCAGGCUGUGCAGACUCAACAACCUGACCCUCAGAGCAGCUGGAAAGAAACUGCAAACAUCCUCCCCCUCCCCAUCUCGUUUCCCACAGCUGCCCUCUGCCCUUUGCCUUUUGACCCCGUGCAUAGAAAGAGCUGGCCGCAUCUAAGCAGGGUAUUUCUCAGGAUUGGCAUGGAUUACCCUGGUGGUACGUUAGCUAACUAUGUUAAUGAUUCACUCUCUGUCCUGUCCUUUACAUGGCAAUAAUCUCUGCAAUAACCGAGAAAUGCCUGGUAAUUUCAAGAUAUUGGACUGGGAGGACGUUUCCAUGACAAUGUAAGGUCAUGGUGAACUUGAGUGACCCCUGCCAUCCUUUGGUCCCUGCACUCUCGGUCAGUUGCUGUUGUAGCAAAUAGUAUAUAUAGCACAGUGCUCAUGUGACACAUAUGCAAACUGUACAUAUGAUGACAUAAAAAGGUGUGUCAGUCAUUUUUAUAUGUAUGGAUUUAUAUAUUGUUCAUCAUUUCCAGAUCAUAUGUGCAUCAUGUCAUGUGAUGUCUUUGAUAUUAACCCAGAAGCAUAUAUGGUUUGAGCAGAAUCUCAAAUGAUUUUAGGAUAUUAAUGGACCAGUUUAAAUCGUCUCUAAAGAGGAUGCACAUAAAAAAUAUAUAUAUAGUUAUCUUAUGAUUAUGUGUUAAUCUACUGUGGAGUGAAAAUGAGAAACGCAUCUUGAGAAGGGUCUAUACUGCUGUAGUCAUGUGCACAGUCUGAUCCAUGUUGUUUCUGGAAAUCUGCUGAAAGCAGACAGACAUAACCAAAACAAAUCCCUAAUGUGCAGGGUCCUAUCCUUCAAAAGAUGAACUACAGCAAACAUGUAAAUAUUGCAGCUGCAGGAUGAGAACAGGUAUAUGGAGUCAGAUGUAGAAGGGCUAAAUCAGGUAGGUGGAUGCUAGAUGCAUCUGGAGAUGGCUAAGUGGAGAGACAUGACUGCCAUGGUGGAUUUUUGCUUGCUCUUUCAAUAUAGAUUAUUUAUGUCAUUAUCGCACGGCUGUGCUUCAGAAGUCAGAGAGAGGCUGGCGGAGUUGUGUCCCACUGCCCCUGAGAACCAAUACACACUCAUGUCUAAUUCAGCUCCAGUUCCCACUAGAGCUACCAGAAAAUGGACAAAAAUGCAAUUCUGAACAUUAGUCUUUAAUUAAUGCAUUCCAGAUUAGUAAAGACAUUCACCACUCUAAAGAUGUGUGACAGUAGAGUUUAUAGCUGGUAUGAGAUUUAACAAAGCACAGAAUUCCAACUUCAUAAGGCUGGAAUUUAUCCGAGACUUCGAGUUGGAGGAAGACCUCAAUCUGACCUAAUUGAUAAAUGAAUGCACAAUUCAAUUCUUCAUUAAGAAUUCAGUUCUUGGCUAGUUCCUGACUGUGCAUGAGCAUUUGAUAAUGGCCAGUAGAUAAUGACCUAGCACUUUCUGCUGUAAAGCACAAUAUAGAGCCAUUAGAAAUACUUGCUAUAGAGACCAACUCUAAUCUAUGAUAAACUCAUGACUUAAUAUAUUUUAUAGACAGACUUAUAUGGCCUUCAUACUACUAAUUCUAAAAUAUUCACAAAUCUUUUGGAAGAUAAUGCAUUUAUGUGUGUCUCACACAUUGUACUGAUCACUACCACUACUGGUCACUGGCCAGCUACCCUUUUCCUAUACUAUAUUAACACAGACCACCUGUGCAACCUAAUGCAAAGUUUGUGUGUGUUUAUGGUGUCUGCCCCCUCCAUAUUGUUUAAAAUAUAGUAAAACAAUCUGUGAAUGUGGUGUGUAACGUACAGUAUCUUUAAAAAGCAAAACAAAAACCGUGUGAGAAGUGAGAUGUCUAUUUAACUUGUGGUACUUUUACACUAGUUCUGUGAAGUGUUCCUUGGAAAGGUGGGUCAAUGUGGGUGGGUAUGUGGGUGCGCAGGUCGCCCGGUGUGUCUGUGAUCUGUUGCUCUUCUGUGUUUUAAAUGUCCGCUUAAGAUCGCGCUGCUGUGAGAUACUCAGAGCCCCUGGUAACGGUUUAAAAGGCCAGUCCAUGCUGGACGCAGAAAGAUUACGGAUUGAGACUUGAAAGUAUUUGAAGUUCUCCAUAUGUUCAUUUUGCAUUUUCGUGUGUGGUGUGCUUUUAGCAGCGCAAACAUUUCCACCUGUUAAGGGCCAUGGAGUUGUCAGUUCAGUAGUGCACAGUUCACAUGGCUGAGUAUGUGAGUGUGCGUGGAGGUUAUGUGCUAGUUACAAGGGAAUUGCUAGUAUUUUUCGUGAUAUAAAAAUAAUACUAGUGUGAGUGUUGAUUGUAUGGAGUAACCACAGAACAUCCAUAAUCAUAUAUUUUUCCACUUGAUAUACUGAAAACAUUUUAUGAUUAUAUUUUUCUUAACCAUAAACAAACGUUAAUUGUGGGUCAUCUAUUUUUUAAUCAUAUGGUUAUUUUUUCCUCUUAAAGCACAUACUAUGUACAUUAGAAGCUUUUACUAUAUGUUAAAUUAUACAUCAAAAGGAAAUUGCCUAUUCCUUGUGGCAAAGUAUAGAUUUAUUUUUGUCACAUGACCCAAACCUGUGGCUAAAGGUAUAUUUCCUAUAUCUGGUUAACCAAAAUCAAUUAUUUUAACAUAUAUAAAAUUGUUACUUGUAUAGGUUUUCUUAUGCGACCUCUGGAGUGAAUUAUAGUACUCAGACGUGUCCAUUAAUGGAUGGGAUUAUUGACGUAACAACGAUUUCCUGAAGGACAUAAAAUAGAUGGAUUUUAUUUCUGGAAAUAGCUUAGGUUGUUUUAAUAUUAUAUUUUAUUUUGCUUUUUCCAGUUGAACAAACAGGUUUGAAACUCGUGUAAAGUUUUGACAUAUGAAGGCUAGUGGGAUUAAAAAGUGUUGAGCAGUUGGGGGAAAAAAAUCGCUGUAAACAGUGACAACGUCUACACGAUACCAUAAACGAACACCAGAGGGAGACAUAUUAAAGCAGUCUUUUUCAGUAGCGUUUGUGUGAUGUAAAUGUCUACUCGAUAUCUACUUUUCCCUCGUGACUUAAUGAGAACCUCAUUAAACGUUUUUAUGGUUUCAUGACUUACAUGGCAGCAUUUAUAAAUGAUGUAAAUAAAUGUAAACCAUUUAUAUCCAACAUACACAUCUAGUUUGUACAUUGUAAAUAGGCAGAUGUUUAGUCUAAUAAUUAAAACUAUGUAAUAAUUUUUAAAAGUGCUUUAAAAAGCCAGUUGAAAUGUCUUAUUUUUCUGUAUUCUCCAUAUAUUGAGUAAAUGGCUGGCAAUUAUUGUACUGUAAACAAUGUUGCAAUUAAAAAAAAGACCUCAUUGUUUCUUA